GACAUAAACCGAGACUUUUGUGAUGUACUCAUCGCCGCCAAACUGAAAGCCAUUUGCGAGGACAAGGAGUCGGCCCAGUAUUUUACAGAUGAAAACCUAUCCUCCGUUAUGAUCGACCUGUUUAUUGCCGGAGUCGAAACAUCAAUGACAACACUUCUAUGGAUGAUAUUAUUGAUGAUACGUAACCCAAAUAUACAACGAAAGUUGCGAGAUGAGAUUCAUGAGAAGCUUAAUGACAAUGUUCCUGUCAUAAGUGACAAGGUUAACUUAGAUUAUGUCAUGGCGUAUAUAAACGAAACUUUAAGGUAUCCAAUUCCGGCGAAUACAUACGUUAUAGUGGACCAUGGUUGUAUUUUAAUGGAUGAGAAUAAUUGGAAAAAUGCCGACCAAUUUAACCCAGAUCGCUUUCUAGAUGACCAGGGCAAAUAUGGUACUGUCAAACCGGCUGCAUUCAUACCAUUUAGUACGGGUCGUCGUUUGACAAAUGAUUAUGAAUUGAAAUUGGUGAAUGAGGAUACAGUGACAUUAGAUCCUGAGCCUAGCAAAUGA